GAUACACAUUAACAAGGAGAUUAUGAAUGACGUGAGGAAGCCCAGGGAUGUUCUAUAUAUGAGUACAUGUACACUAAGAGCAUGCUAGUUAGCAAACUGGAAUCUUGAGUCACAGCUCUUUUUUAAAAAGUUAUUUAAAGGAGGUCAUUGUUAAGUUUAUAGUAGUGGAUUGUAUUAAGGACUUUUCUUAGUGAUACACGUCCACUAUUGGGGAUCAUUUUCUUUUCAUUCGGACAUCGAGGAUGUUGUAUGUGUGACGUGAAGUGAUUGAGGUAACGUAAAAAACGAUAAAGAUUUUUAUCUGUUUUAGAAAUAGACACUGCAGCACUGGAAAAGUUUCACAGUUAGGAGGAAAUUUCUAAAAGAAGAAAAGCAUGGAAGCAGAAAUGGAUGAGACUGUAAAACGGAGGGUGGGAUAUCACAUCCAGCGGGAAGUCAUGGAUGAAUUCAAAGUUGAGGAACUUGCAGAAAAAUCAGAUGUUCAUAUACCACUGAAGGACAAAAUUAAGGAGUCAAUAAGGUGUUCUGGUCCUCGUGUGAAGAGCUGCUUUCUGUCGUGUAUUCCCCUGCUGUCAUGGCUGCCACGUUACCCACUCAGAGAAAACGCUUUCGGAGACCUUGUCUCAGGAAUCAGUGUGGGCAUCAUGCACCUGCCGCAAGGCAUGGCAUAUGCACUGCUAGCUGCUGUCCCACCUGUGUUUGGCCUCUACUCAUCUUUCUACCCGAUCCUUCUCUACUUCAUCUUUGGGAGUUCUAAGCACAUCUCAGUUGGUACGUACGCAGUGAUGAGUGUGAUGAUCGGUGGUGUGACAGAACGGAUGGCUCCAGAUUCAGAUUUCAUCAUCUUGGGCAAUGUCUCCAAUGCCAGUUCCAUAGACACUGUGGCCCGUGACAAUGAGAGGGUCAAGAUUGCUGCAGCGGUUACCUUUCUAUCUGGCAUCUUUCAGUUGCUCUUAGGUCUGGUGAGGUUUGGGUUUGUGGUGACGUAUCUUUCUGAGCCUUUGGUUAGAGGCUACACUACAGCAGCAGCCAUCCAUGUCGUUGUGUCCCAGCUUAAAUACACAUUUGGGAUCAGCCCGAACCGCUACAGUGGACCUUUCUCCCUUAUAUAUACGGUCUUGGACGUGUGUUCUUUGCUGGGAGAGACAAACAUUGGGACACUGGUUGUGAGCAUCGUAACCAUUUUCGGUCUGAUCAUUGCUAAGGAAGUAAACACCUUUCUGGCUCGCAAACUUCCUGUUCCUAUUCCUGUUGAGCUUAUUGCUAUUAUUUUGGCAACUUUACUGUCAUGGCAAUUUGAUUUCAAGACUGAGUACAAUGUGGAAGUUGUAGGUUCGAUACCAUCAGGUCUGCAGGCUCCAGUGUUGCCUAAGUUCUCAAUAAUGGGAUCUAUUAUUGGUGAUGCGUUUGCUCUGGCAGUUGUGGGUUACGGGAUUGCUAUCUCCCUUGGCCGAAUCUUUGCUCUCAAAUAUGGCUACAAAGUCGACAGCAAUCAGGAACUGAUAGCAUUAGGGUUGAGCAACUCAAUCGGUGCCAUGUUCCAGUGCUUUGCCAUCAGCUGCUCCAUGUCUCGUACUAUGGUGCAAAUUAGUACCGGAGGAAAGACUCAGGUUGCAGGUGCUCUCUCAGCUGUAGUGAUGCUUGUGAUUUUGCUUAAGAUCGGAGAACUCUUUGAAGAGCUGCCAAAGGCGGUAUUGGCUGCUAUUAUCUAUGUGAACCUGCAUGGCAUGAUGAAGCAGUUUGCAGACAUUCGAAUACUCUGGAGGAGCAACAGAGUGGAUAUGCUGGUUUGGGUGAUGACAUUCAUUCUCAUUGUGCUGUUAAACCCUGAUAUGGGUUUGGCUGCGUCCAUCGCCUUCUCCAUGCUCACCGUCAUAUUCAGGACACAGCUACCCAGGUAUUCUGUCCUUGGUCAGAUUCCUGGUACUGACAUCUACAAACCCGUAGAGGACUAUAACCAGGUUACACAGAUUCCAGGUCUUGUGAUUUUCCGGUGCUCUGCUACCCUGUACUUUGCGAAUGCGGAGAUGUACACGGAACACCUCUACGAGAAGAGUGGAGUAGAUGUGCCUAAACUCCUCUCACACAAGAAGAAGCUAGAGGCAAAGAGACUUAGGAAAGAGAAGAAAGAGGCUAAACGAGCCAAAAAACAAGCAAAGGGGGAGGCUGCAGAAAUGCCAGACAAGGAGGAAAAAUAUGAGGUCGCAGUGGUAGCGAUUCCAGAGCAAGACCCGAGCCCUGACCCCACUGUACCCAAGGCCAUCGUCCUCGAUCUGAGUCCAGUGAACUUCCUGGAUACAGUGGGAGUGAAAACAUUACGCAAUAUCCAUAAGGACUUUGGGGAUGCUGGAAUUAAAGUGUUGUUAUCAGGCUGUCAAGGAUGUGUUACUGACAGUUUGGAUAAGGGGGAUUUCUUCAAUGACAAAGUCACUAAAGCGAUUCUCUUUUCCACUGUGCAUGAUGCUGUUCUUCACUUCCAAGGAGAAAACACACAGGAGCCUAAGAAAGCCACAUAUUUCUGAACCCGAAUCUAUCUCAUAUACGGAGCGUCCCAAAUGUGACGAGAAAUACGUGAUAAAUCUAAAAAUAUAUAUAUAUAUUUCUGUUCCAACCACUCUGUUACAAAGAUUAUUAUUUUUUUCACUUGUACAUGUCUUUAAAUCCAUCUCAUUAAUAAAUGACGAAAUGUUAUAGCUGAUAGCCGUAAAAUCAUAAUAUAUAAACAUCAGCAUGUUAUUAUAUGGAGACAAACCUCCAUUGUGGAAUGUAAUUUAUACAGCAUGAUGGAUUCAGUGUGACAUCUUUCAGACAUUCAAUGAGGACAUGAUAUUAACUCCAACAUUAUGACUGCUUUGAUGUAAUAAAUGGACUUAAUACAAAUGUGUACAUCAUUUCCUUGUUAAUAAAAUAUAAUGUAUCAACACAUUGCCAAAUGUUAUAUAAAUAAAUGACCUGUUAUAUUCAA